AUGUUGGUCGAACUGUCGGUUCUUAGGGAGUUAAACCCAAAUGAGAUUUCCCAUGAUGACUGGCCCACCCUUGACCUCGAAGACGCCUUUGUUUGGUCGCCGAAAUCUACCCACCCGAAUAACCUCAUAGACCUGUUGGAUGUGCUGGAGAAAGGUCCCUUUACCGUUGAAGGGAGGAUAAAAGAUGCUCCUGACGAGUUGAAGGAGUUUGCUCGCAACCCUUCGAACGUACAGAGUCUGAAAGGCAAAAUAAUCCGGGUCGCCAAUGUUAGGAGAUGGUCGAUCGAGCGGUUAGCCGACGAGAGCAUCGUUAUCUGGGCCCUUGGGGGUGCUGCCUGGUACGGCAUCCACCCGUCAGAUGACUAUAAGGAUAUCUAUAACACUAUGGUCAAGAAGGCGGCGAUAUACAACUUCAUUAUCGACAAGUAUGAUCACCUGUCUAUGAGAAACAAACAAGUCAAAACCCCUCUCAGCGACCUUUAUAAUGAACUGUCGGUUGAGAGCCCGGUUCUUGGCACUCCUGGCGAAGUGGAAAAACUUAUCCAUACACACCGGCGAUUUAUAAUGGCGCAGCUCAUUGAGAAUGCCAAAUUCAAAAAGACACCAUUUUGGCCUUACUUUGACCGCACCUAUCCGGGUGAAAUUGCCGAAGUGCAGGCUGCCAAGCGAAAAGCCGAACAGUUAAUCAUGGACCAGGAUGAGAAGAAGGCUCAGAGACUCGAGGGUUUACUCGUAACAAACGGGCCUGGUUCUCCGGGACGACGACGGACACGACCCCGCUCUGGUACUGCUAGCAGCGGGACUUCAGAGGCGGGUUCGAAUACGAAACGGAAAUCUCGUGACCACUCUAUAGAAGAACCAUGCCCCCGUCGAAGAAAAACAGGCACCGAUGGCUCUACAGUUAAGCCCAAAAUACGUGUAAAGCUUGGCCAAAAGUCUAGGCGAUCGAAUCGAAUUCCUGCUCCUUCGGGCUCACCAGCACCAGCUCUUGAAAUCCUUCCCACAUCACUCCAGAUUGCUUCUAACGACACAGCAGACCGCGUGAUACUGAGAACUACUCGUUCAACUCGCUCUUCUAAUCCCUCUUCUGCUUCCCCUACGUUGUCGAAUUUCGGGGCGAUAUCUGCUUCUUCAGUGUCUACAGCGCCCACAAUUUUAGCCCAGGAGAUGAAGCCAAUUCCAUCAAUACCCAUCAAACCAAUUCCUACGGAAGCUUCUGCGCCGCCGAAGCCCUCAAUUGAUAUGCUGAAAGAAGUGAUUGAUCAUAAACCACCUGUAAAGAAUAAUGUGGUUCGGGCGAGUAAACUCUCACGCCUGCCUGGUUCUAGACCUCCCCCAAAAUCAAAAUCGCCGCCCGCAAAAAAGAUUACAAGGUCGGCAGCAGCAGCGCCUCCUCAAACACCCGCAUCACCACCCGUCGCGAGGGCUACGAAGAGAGCCCGGAAGAAGACAGCUACUCCUGCACCUCCCGUGGUCCCACUAGAUGAGAACCAUCCAGGAUACGACGAUCUACGAGAUCAAGCCAUCUCUAAACUGACACAAAUGCACUCCCUUUACCAACAAAUUUCCAAGAAUACGAACCAAAACGAAUAUGAAAAAUUCUUGGAACUUGCGGAUGAGAACGCUGAAUGGAGGAGACAGCACGGGCUGAAAGCGGUAUACAUUGAUGUUGUAUAUGCGGCUGGGUAUUAUAAGGAUGAAAUUAAAGAUUCAAGUCUAAUCAGAAGGGUUCCCGAUACGGAAUAUCUAGUCGAUAGAACGGAAUGGGAUUUCGAUACAGCCGUUGAAUUGCUGCAAAAUGUGAAUCGUGGAACGUAUGUUCAUGAAUUGCUCCAGCCUGUCAAGGAGGCAAGAAGGAAUGCGAGGAUGAGAGGUGGGAAGCACGGUCGGGGUAGGCCGAGGAAACAUCCGGUUGCCGAGGAAGUCGCAUCUUCUUUGUCAGAGUUGAAAAUUACAAGCGCGCCGAAUGGGGCUUCUGAUAGGAGCAACGCAGCUGGAGUAGACGCAAUUGAUACGACAUGGAGUUGUAAGGGACAUGAUGCGGAUGGAAACAAGUGUCCAUUUUCCCUUGAGGACGCGUCGACUCUGGAAGGGGCGAAGAAAGCGAGCGACCAUUGGAGGACGUGCGAACUGAGGAGGCUCGCCACCGAAGAGACUUUAGCCAAAAAAAGAGAGAACAUUGAGGAAGCCCAGACAGUAGCAAGGGACCAGCAGGUCCGAGAUCCAUGGAUUAAUAUUGACCAUCUCGUUAGUUGGCUCGAAGGGGAGGCGACCAAGUCGAAAUCGUGGUUUCCUGCUGGUGUCUGUUGA